AUGGAGAAGUUGCGACGUGUCUUCACUUGCAUGAAAUCCAUUACUUACUCCAUCUAUAAUACGUUAGAUUUGAAAUACCAAGAGCAAUUUGGAUUUAAACUAAAUGAAACGAAUAGUGAAAAACUUUUGGACUAUUUAUACGCACCAAAAGACUCGUCAAGUUUGGCAGUCACAAGAAUAUUGUUUGGUCUGUGUAUGUUGUUUGAUAUACCUGAUGAACGAGGAGGGUCUAUCAUAGACAAGCGAUGGGGAGACCCUAAUAUAUGCCACUUCCCUCUGAUUCCCAUCAUAAAGGCAAUUCCCAUGCCCUACAUGGCAGUUGUAUACGCCAUGCUCUGGAUUGGUGCCCUCGGUAUCACCCUAGGGUACAAGUACCGUAUAAGCGCCUCAUUGUUCACUCUCUGCUACUGGUACUUAUUUCUGAUAGAGAAGAGUUUCUGGAACAAUCACAGCUACCUGUUCGGUGUCGUCAGCUUCUUGUUGACCUUCACGCAGGCCAACUCACACUGGUCCGUCGACGCUUAUUUGAAUCCUUCGUUAAUAAAGACGACGGUCCCAUAUUGGAACUAUUUUAUUCUGAAGUACCAGUUUUUUAUCUUGUACUUCAUGGCUGGUAUGAAGAAAGGUACCGCGGAGUGGCUUACUGGUUAUUCUGUUCAGAAUCUCAGUGAGCAUUGGGUAUUUACACCUUUCAAAUUAUUUCUAUCGGUCCCACAGACCGAUUACUUCAUAGUUCACUGGUUCGUGUUCUCUUUUGAUCUGACGGUGGCCGUGUGGAUGAUGUGGGCGCCGUCAAGGAACAUCGCUAUGGUGUUUUGUUCUCUGUUCCAUCUUAUGAAUAGUCGACUAUUCAGGAUAGGAAUGUUUCCGUGGGUUUGCUUGGCUACAAUGCCAUUGUUCUAUCCUUUUGAUUGGCCCAGAACAAUCAUUGGGUAUCUAGAUAUUAUAAAAUCAAAAUUACUAAAACUGAGCUGCAUGGCGUUAUACAAAAAUGAAUAUUUAAACGUGACUCUUAAAGAUAAUGAUGAGAGAAUAACAGAAACCGAUCAAGAAAAGUUUGAAACUGAUGAUGAGUUAUUGCUUAAUGAUGGUGAUAGCCCAAGUAAAGAAAUGCUUAUAACCAAUGAUGAUGGAUAUAAUAACUGGACGAAAGGUCUUUAUGGAUAUUCUUGGGAUAUGAUGGUACAUACGUGGGAUUUGGAGACAGUUGUGAUAAAAGUCGUGGACAAUACUAACAAGAGGGAAUUCUACAUCGAUCCAUACGCAAACUCACCCAAUGAUCGUUGGACGAGACAUGGAGAUAUGGUUCACCAAUAUGCUAGAUGUCUUAAGGAGAAAAUGAGCAAGAAGAUCCAGGAAGGAGCAGAUCAUAAGGACUUGAAUAUAUCAAUUUAUAUAGACAUAUGGUGUUCCUUAAACGGAAGAUUCACACAGAGAAUGUUCGACCCUAAAGUAGAUUUGUUGAACGUCUCUUGGUCCCCCUUCAAACCUGUUUCUUUCUUAAUGCCUUUGCUUGAUGAAGCCUUGGACUGGAGGAGUACAUUACAGGAUAUAAAAACCGAUGUGCAUUCGUGGAAUAAUUACAGUGAUGUCAUAUUUUCUGCUGACUUUCCAGGUUACGAUCAAGAAAAGUUUAUUCCAUCAGAUCUCAGUAAUAUAACAUUAACAAUUUUAAAUGGUUCCGUCGCGUAUGAGCCCGAAGUGACGUCAGGAGGACACUCUUAUAAAUUGUCUAGAGGGGACCACAUACAUUUAAAUCCUGACACAUUCCAUAGAGUUAUAAAUAUCGGAGACACUCCAGCGUACUAUAUGUACACAUUCGUUAAUACUUCGGAAAUAUUCAAUAUCGAGCCUCCUAAACCCAAACUGCCUGUUUUCCAGGAGUUACACAGACGGAUAAAUAAUAUGAUGAAUUUUUUCAAGCUUGUUAUAUCUGAAAUGUUUGAAGUAUUCUUUAAUAUGAAACAUUAUUUACUGUGA